CGAAGAUGAAGCAAAUCAUAUACUUAUUACUCAUGUGCUCCGUUUCUUGCGUCUUGGCGCAAAAACCAACGGAUUCCUGCAAAACACCGAACGGCGAGACGGCCAAAUGCAUUUCAAUCUUCUCCUGUCCGAACCUCUACAAAGCAGGGAAAAGCAGUAAUCCGGAUGUUAUACAAUUCGUGCAGGAUUCGAUUUGCAGGAAAUCGUCUUUCAACGUCUUCGUGUGCUGCGGCUCGGAUGCCGCCUACAAAAAGAAAGCACCGGUCGUGUUAAACGAACAUGAUUGUAGUAAUCUGAAUGUCGAUUUCAAGAAGUUGUGGGAAAACGGAAUGAGUUUAGACACGUCACCGUCGAUGGCCUUGCUCGAAUACGAGAGUUUGCUUACCGGUGAGCGCAGUUUUAGAUGCAAAGGUAGCAUCAUCGGGAAAAGACACGUCCUGACACCUACCCACUGCGUAACCGGAAGUUACAUCAAAGAUUACAAAUUAGUGAACAUCCGACUUGGUGAAUGGAACAUUUCUACUUCCAGAGAUUGCAUCAAGUUUGGUAAUGAAAUGGUGUGCAGUAAUCCUGGCUUGAACGUGGGAUUCGAGAGGGUAACAGCAUACAAAGACGAUCCAAAAUACAACGACAUUUCUCUGAUCAAGUUGAACAGAAACAUCACAUACUCAAAAACUGUGAGUCCGAUUUGCUUUCCAACGCAGCAAAAGCAACUGACCGUUCCUGGUUGGGGUCUAACUGAGAACGGUGUGCAGAGCGAUGUGAAGCUGAAAGUUCAGGUGCCCAUCAUUAACAAUAAGGAUUGCUGCAAGAAAGUUGGAAAGUUAUUUGAAGUUAGGAAUACUCAGAUUUGUGCUGGCGGCGAACUUGGAAAGGAUUCUUGUAAGGGUGACAGCGGUGGGCCGUUGAUGCAUAGGGAUAUUGAGAAUGAUCAGUGGACUAUGGAAGGUAUAGUUUCGUUGGGAAUUGGAUGUGGAAGAGAAGGAUGGCCCGGUAUUUACACCAAUGUCCGAUCGUACAUCAGUUGGAUCAAGGAGCACGCAAUUUAACACAGCUGAAGAAUUUUCAUUAUUUCUUAGUAUUGUGCAUUAAAUAUAACUUCUUUUCAUAUAGUUCUAAGUUCAUUUCUGUAUAUUAUAU